AUGCUGCGCCGCUACGCUGGUCUGCGUCGCUUCAGUUCCAUUGCUACGGACCUUCCGCUGGCGCCGAUUGGCACAAAUCCUCGCGGAGACGCCGACCGUAUUCCGGAGGAUGUGGUGCGUGCACUAGACAAGUUUAUUGUGGGUCAGGAAGAGGCCAAGAAGGCAGUGGCCGUGGCUCUGCGCAGUCGUUGGCGCCGUCGACAACUGCAGAAUGACGCGCUGCGAGCCGAGAUCUCGCCUAUGAACAUCCUCAUGAGCGGUCCCACAGGAUCCGGCAAGACUGAGAUCGCUCGGCGUCUGGCUAAGAUCUCCGGCUCGCCAUUCCUCAAGGUGGAGGCCACCAAGUUUACCGAAGUGGGCAUUUACGGCGCCAACGCUGACUCCAUGAUCAAGGAUAUCGUAGACGUGGCUGUCAACAUGGAAAGAGCUGAAGCACAGAAGCUCCACGCUACUGCAUCUCGUGAACGCGCCAUCGACCGGCUCGUCGAUCUGCUGGACCACAAGAAGCUCAGCGACAUUUCAAGGGCCGACCUUCGCGAAGAUAUUGCUACGGGUAAAGCAGACAAUCGAAAGGUGCGUGUUCAGCUCAAACCACUGUCAAAUAAGACACGCCCCUCCUCUGCAAACCCAGAGAUGAUGAUGGAAAUGCCUCCUGAGCUAGAGAAAAUGAUGGCACAUCUCGAUACCCUCAUGACGUCGCGUUUUUCCGGCGGUGGUAGCAAGAGUGAGGACAAUACGACAAGUAUGACGGUAAAGGAGGCACUGCCUCGCCUCGAAGCAGAGGAGGCAGACGAGAUUAUUGACGACGACGAAGUGGUCAAGAGGGCGUUAGAGAACGUGCAGCAUAACGGCAUCGUGUUCCUGGAUGAGAUCGACAAGCUGGCUAGCGCUGGCGAUCAGGCUCGCUCUGGGGGAAAUGGGGCAAGCUACCGCAAGGGUGAAGGCGUCCAGAAGGAGCUGCUGGCUUUAACUGAGGGCUGCGCUGUGAACACUCGCUACGGACUCGUUUACACAGACCACAUUCUGUUUAUCGCUAGCGGUGCCUUUCAUCGCUCCAAGCCUUCGGACUUGAUGCCGGAGCUGCAAGGUCGUUUGCCGAUUCGUGUGGCCCUCUCACCCCUUGGCGCUGCUGAGUUCGAGAAGAUUUUGAAGGACACGGAGCAUAAUUUGCUGGAGCAGACGAGCGCACUGAUGGAGACGGAGGGCGUGAAGCUCACUUUCACGGACGACGCUAUCAGUGAGAUCGCGUCUAUUGCAGAACAGGUAAACGCACAGACGGAUAACAUUGGUGCGCGUCGCCUGGCAACUAUCAUCAGCAAGAUCACAGAGGAGGUGUCGUUCCACGCACCUAAGAUGAACGGUAUGACCUUCGAGGUCGACAGGAAGUACGUACAGCAGCGUCUGUCCAAUGUGCUGGAGCGCACGGAUCUGUCCAAGUUUAUUCUGUAG